AUGGUGCGUAGUGUGAAAGUGGUGUAUCAACAAUGAUGGCCGACCAUUGUCCGUCGCCCUAGCCAGCGCUGGUGGAGCUGACACCCUGCAUGUCUCCCUACCGGAUACUCCACCACCAUGACUCAACACUCGCUUUGAACUGGAGCACUCUUCUACGCGAAGCAAAUAUGCGAAUAAAUAUAAUAAUGCAGUGUAUUUUGAUUAGAGGCCAUUAAAGAAAUGUUUUGAUGAACACCCAAGAAUUUCGGGAAGGAAGUGUCAAGGAUUCAGUGCAUUUUGAAAUUAAGUGACCGAAAGAUCUUGAAUAUGAGUUCCAUAAAAACAGGAAACAAAAAAGACCAUCAGAAAAUGCGCAUUCGCGCAUUUCCGAUGACUAUGGAUGAACGGUAUGUGGAGAGCAUCUGGCAACUGCUCAAAAAUGCCAUCCAAGAGAUCCAGAAGAAAAACAACAGUGGCCUCAGUUUUGAGGAGCUGUACCGAAAUGCUUACACCAUGGUUUUACACAAGCAUGGGGAGAGACUAUACUCGGGCCUCAGGGAUGUUGUUACACAACAUUUGGAAAACAAGGUACGAACAGAUGUACUGGCUUCCUUACAAAACAACUUUCUCCAAACUUUAAAUCAUGCAUGGAAUGACCACCAAACAUCUAUGGUGAUGAUCAGGGACAUCCUAAUGUACAUGGAUCGAGUCUAUGUUCAACAGAAUAAUGUCGACAAUGUCUACAACUUAGGGCUAAUAAUUUUUAGGGAUCAGGUUGUCCGAUAUGGUUGCAUAAGAGAUCAUCUACGAGAAACACUUCUUGAUAUGGUUAUGAGGGAGCGCAGAGGUGAAGUAGUGGACAGACUAGCAAUUAAAAAUGCAGCUCAAAUGCUUAUAGUAUUAGGCAUCGAGUCGCGGGCUGUAUAUGAAGAAGAUUUUGAAAGACCCUUCCUUGCUCAGUCUGCUGAGUUUUAUAGGAUGGAAAGUCAAAAGUUUUUAGCUGAGAACAGUGCAUCGGUAUAUAUCAAGAGAGUAGAAGCUCGAAUAAUGGAGGAGGCGGAGCGAGCAAAGCAUUAUCUUGAUGAGUCUACGGAAAGGCGCAUUGUGGAGGUUGUAGAGGAAGAAUUGAUCAAGAAACAUAUGAAGACUAUUGUGGAGAUGGAAAAUUCCGGAGUUGUUCAUAUGCUCAAGAAUAACAAGACUGAAGAUUUGGCAUGUAUGUAUAAGCUAAUGUCACGAGUGUCCGAUGGCUUACGAGCAGUAGCAGAAUGUGUCUCUCAACAUCUUAGAGAACAGGGUAAAGCUCUUGUAGCGGAAGAAGAAGGAGGCAAGAAUGCUAUAACAUUUGUACAGAAUUUAUUGGACCUUAAGGACCGAUUUGACCACUUCCUCCAUAACUCUUUCAACAAUGACAAAAUAUUCAAACAAAUGAUUGCAGCUGACUUCGAAUACUUCCUCAAUCUAAACAAUAAAUCGCCAGAGUACUUGUCAUUGUUUAUUGAUGACAAACUCAAGAAAGGUGUUAAAGGAAUGACUGAAGCAGAAAUUGAGGUGGUAUUAGACAAGACAAUGGUGCUGUUCCGUUUCUUACAAGAGAAGGAUGUAUUCGAGCGUUACUACAAGCAGCAUCUGGCCAAACGUCUUCUACUUCAAAAGUCGGUCUCGGAGGACUCGGAGAAAACAAUGAUCUCCAAACUUAAAACUGAAUGUGGAUGUCAGUUCACUUCCAAGCUUGAGGGCAUGUUCAAGGACGUAACGAUUUCCAAUACCAUUAACGAGGAGUUUAAACAACGCGUCAACAGUGCUGGGACAAAUUUAUGUGGCGUUGACAUCUAUGUACGAGUUUUAACAACUGGGUACUGGCCCACACAGUCAGCUAAUCUAAAAGCCAAUGUUCCCAUGGCUCCCAGGAGUGCCUUUGAGGCCUUCCGGAGAUUCUACCUCAACAAGCACAGUGGCAGACAACUUACUCUUCAACCACAGUUGGGGUCGGCAGAUCUUAAUGCAGUAUUUCAUGGCUCAAGAAAAGAAGAGAGUGCUUGUGCAACAGCUAAUGUAGUGGUUGGGUCAGUAGCAUCAGUGGCAGCUGUAGCCUCAGGAGAUGCCGUAAGCAGUGUUGCUGGUAUAUCUUCUUCCUCGUCAGCUGUAGGUGGCACAAUCAGUAAUAAUGGUUUAGUGCCAUCUAGCCUCCCUGGCACAACCACUCCAACAAAUGCCAUAGCAGCAACACCGUCAGGAUCGUCAGUUAUGGUGACUGGAAAACCCUCAGGCCCCAAGAAACACAUUAUUCAAGUGUCUACGUAUCAAAUGGUCAUCCUUAUGCUCUUUAAUACCAGGGAUAAACUUACAUACGAGGAAAUACAAAAUGAAACCGACAUCCCUGACCGAGACCUUGUUCGAGCGUUACAAUCGCUAGCGCUGGGCAAGCCAGCCCAACGAGUUUUGCUCAAGACCCCAAAGACUAAGGAAAUGGAGUCCUCUCAUGAGUUUACUGUUAAUGAUUCUUUCACAUCCAAAUUGUACAGAGUUAAGAUCCAAGCUGUGGCAGCUAAGGGCGAGAGUGAACCAGAGAGAAAGGAGACCCGAAGUAAAGUCGAUGAGGAUCGCAAACACGAGAUCGAAGCUGCUAUCGUCAGGAUCAUGAAGGCCCGCCGGCGAAUGACGCAUAACAACUUGGUGGCUGAGGUAACAGAUCAGCUAAAAUCCCGCUUCUUACCGUCCCCAAUACUUAUCAAGAAGAGAAUUGAAAGCCUCAUAGAGCGGGAAUAUUUGGCCCGCACUCCAGAAGAUAGAAAAAUCUACUCAUAUGUGGCGUGAAGAGUAGGUUAUUUACUGGAGCAUAGCCAAGGCUGUGAAAUCUUCCUUUAUAAGAGAUAUGGACGUGUGGCCGUGAAGGUGUGGGAAAGGAUUAUGCAAGCCCGAGGAUCAACCAGUCCACCUCGGCUCUCCUCAUUCCCAUGUGCUCUCUCUGCAGAUGCUCUUUUCACCCUCAUAUUGCCGGGAACGGCAAACGUACGGCCGUAGCUUCUGACUGUUGCCACGAGCGCCGAGAUUGACCUGGAAUAAGAAACUUUCAGAUUGCUGGGUACAUCCUGUGGCAGGUUACUGUUAGCUGCUGCUUCUAGCUAUUGUUACCAGUGGAAAUGUAUGGAACAUUUAAUAGUGAUUGGACCCAAAAAAAAAAAACAGUGUGAUAUUCUUUGUUAACAAAGAGUGUCAAGGGGAUCUCUCUAAUUGAUGAAAUUGGGUGCAUGAUGAGGUCACUUGUCAGCAUUCAAAAGUAGUUAUUAACCUGGAGACAAUUAAUGCCCUAGAAACUUUUGGAAGUGGACAAAAGUAAUAUGAGUGAUGACCUGCUUACCUGCUUGGUCCCGGCGCAGUCAAACUUGCGUGUGUGGUCAUUGCUGAGCUAUUACCACAGUUUAUAAAUGAUGCAAUUGUUUCAUCUUGAAAUUUUGUUAUCCUCUUAAUCUUCAUUCUCUUCUAUUUCACUUAAGUAAAUUCUGGAUGGAGAAGACUUCUGUUGCUCAUUUGUGUUAAUAAGUUUCUCUUUCUUGCAGGCAGAGGUAUUAAUUCAUAGGUGGUAGUGAAGUAAUACACCUGUGAUAGCCAUCCUUGUUACUGUUACCCUCAGACCUAAAAAUAGUUAUACCAAAUUAUAAAUUUGUGGAAAAUAGAUGCAAUAAAUUUUGAAUAUAACUAGCCUUCUACAGUUUGGAGGGAUGAUGUUGGCAGGCUAGGUGAUGAGUACAUAUUUUAAUGAAUUAUUCAUACAGAGAUUUUGUUCUUUUUCAAACUGAUCCAGUGAUGUCAAAAUCCAAAUUAUUUCUGCAUUUGAUAUUACACCAGGAGAACUUAAUGAUUUUUCAUGUGUAUAUGUAUUUGUGAAUGUGGAAAUCUCAAAUACCUUUUUGCAUUUUCAUUUGUGGUAAAAGUUGAAUAUUACAAUUUUCUCUAAUGCUUCAGUGGAGCAUCAAAAGAUACAUGGAGGUAUUUUUUAAUUUUUAAUUGUAAUUUUUUUAGGAAUGACUCAUUUUUCAAAUUCUUAUGACAGUAAUUACACCAUAUGGUUCUGGAUUAUUUUGAAUGCUGUAAUCGGUAAUUUGUCAUUUUGUUCCAGUCGGGAAAAUAACGAGCACCUUGAGAGAAAUGCCACCUAUGUAUUAAUGAGCUUGAGUGUCAUUUUAUGUAGUUCAAAUAUGCAGUUCCAGCCCAUACUCUGGAUCCUUCCUUCACAAAUGCUCAUCUGUGAUGAGCUAGUCUAGAUGCCUUUAAUUUCUGCAGCUCGAUAUGACAGAGUAACUCGACAUCUGCACCAGACAACAAGAUGAGUGUCUUUUUGGUUUAAAAUAAAGUGUCUGUCCAUUGGAGAAAGGUUUAGGCUUAUAUUCUCAAUUUCCGUACGUUUUGUAAAAUCGAUGAUUUAUUUCUGUAAGUGUAAUGGGUGCUUAUGGCAUUUAAAUAGAAUCCUCUUCUGAAGCUUGGAGGAUGGGGAGGGAUGGCUGUGUGAAAAAUAAGAUUGAAAAUUGGUACCAAGGUGUUGAUGAAACCAUCUGCCUGCUGUCUUGCAUAAUUUUUUUUCUAUGCUGUCUUCUGUAGCGGUAUUCUACUUUGUUACCUGGUCUCUCCUCCCAGACUCCUUUGUACACUCGCUACCAUUGGACAUAUAAACAGGUUUCAAAAGAGUUAUGUAUUUAUUCCAUUAAAUGAAUGUCUAAGAG